AUGCACAUCCGACAGGCAACCCUGGCCGACGCCGAGAUCCUCAGCCGCAUCGCCAUCUCGACAUUUACCGAGACAUGGGAGCGAUACUACAAUCCGCAGGAGUUCCAGAAGCUGCUCGUCGAGAGCUUCGAUCUGCCGCUGAUGCAAGCAGCCCUCGCGAGCCCGAGCACCGAGGUCUACUUUCUGCUUGAGGGCGACGAGAUCCUCGGGUAUGCUCUCCUGCGAAACAGCCGCGAGCCCGGCAUCGAUGGACCCGACCCCAUCAUGGAGCUGCAGCGGCUCUAUCUGGCCAAGUCGGCCCACGGCGGUGGGCGAGGACAAUACUUUUUGACCUGGCUUCUUGAGACGCUCAAGAGCCGGGGCAUCCGCACGGUCUGGCUCGGAGUGUGGCAGGGCAAUGUCCGGGCCAAGGGCCUCUAUGAGAAAAACGGCUUUCGCGAUACCGGGAACACGCAUCUCUUCAGCAACUACAAGCUCGGCGAUUAUGAUGAUAUUGACCAGUUGUAUCAGCUGGUGUUUGACGAGACAACGGCAUAG